UCUGAUAUUUAAAACAGCGUCAGAACCACACCUCUGCUAGAGCAGAGAGCGCAGCUACUCCAGAAGGAUCGAAAGUCUGCUUUUGUAUUUCAGGCAACAUGCAUCUCCUGAUAUCGCUCUCUGUCUGUCUUCUCUUGGCUGUGACUGCCGUGGCUCAAAAGCCUCAUCCUUGCAAAUCUCCUCCUUUAAUGGUUGGACGUGCCAGUGUGAUUUACCCCAAGGGGGAGACAUAUGUGUCUGAAAGAUUUACCUAUGAUGCUCUGGGAAAGAAAAUAAGGGUCAGGAUGGAAGGGGUGGAGCACAACCACUCCUUCUAUGAAGACGUGCUGAUGCUCUUCGGAGAGGGUGUGAUUUACCAAAUAUCCUACAGAAACAAAACCUGCACAAAGAAGCCCCUGAAAGUGCCCUUUCAGCCAAUAGAAAUCCCCCAGAAUGCCACGCUCCAAGCCCAGAUCAUCCUUGGGAGCUCCUCUGGUCCUGGACAGGGGCUGCUGGUCAAUAACUGGAUGGGAGAAAUUCCUGAACAGAAAGUUAAGUACUUUGCGACGUUUACGGAGUUUGGGUGCAUCCCGGUCUCAACCCUUUACCUCACUCACAAGGAUGGCUGGUUGUUUUCAAGUUUUUUUAACAUUCUGGUUGGGAUUGAUGACCCCCAGGACCUCAUUCCUCCUGAUUUCUGUGACACAACAAAACCAGUGGACAAUGAGCAGGUGGUGACUGACUUCUUUGAAGCCCUUAAAAAGAAUUAACAAUGGGAGAAAAAUAAAUGGUCCAUGUUCAACCGAUAGAGUCACAGUCAGUAUACUGUACUGCAUAUGUGGUUCUUUUUACAGUUGAUCUAGAAGAGAAUGUGAUUAUUUGUUGAUUUUUUUUAAUCUAGAGGAAAAAUGUGGGAGAUGACCUAUCACUGUUAAUAAUAAUGUUAAAACAGUUCAUUUCUGCUGUCUCGUGAAUAUCAGACAACUCAGAACAUGUGAAACUUAGCUUGAGGGAUGAUUCAUUUGGUGUUUUGGGUAUGAACCUGUAUGCCUUAAUUACGUUAAAGGGGUGAAUUUUGAAACAAUAUGCAAUAUGUGAUGUGCACUGACUUGUUGUGAAAUAUAAAAUGCAAAUAUAUAAAAAAUAAAAUAACAAAAAAUAACAUCAUGCUUAUAAUUAUUACAUUUCUGUGUGUGCUUUUUAAAGGCAAAGCUUUUUAAUGAGAAUAAAAAAAUGGUUGUCACAGGA